AUGUAUAGAAUAUUAAAUAAAAUUAUCCAAACACCUAAUCUUGUUUCAAGUAUAUUAUCAAAAGAAGUAGUAAAAAAAUCUAAAUAUGUAAUUGACUAUUCUUCUCCAAAUGUAGCUAAAAUGUUUCAUAUAGGAAAUUUGAGAUCUACAUUAUUAGGAGAUUUUAUAAAAAAUAUAUAUUUAUCAGCAAAUCAUGAUGUCAUAGGUAUUAAUUAUCUUGGAGAUUGGGGAACUCAAUUUGGUAUAUUAUUAUUACCUUUUAUUGAAAAUAAAGAAUUAUUAAAAGAAUUUGAUAGUCUUAAUACUACAGAUAAAAUGAGAUAUAUGACAAGUUUAUAUAUAGAUUAUAAUAAAAAAUGUGAAGAAAAUAUUGAAUUAAAAGAGAAGGCUAAAAAAAUAUUUAAUAAUUUAGAAAAUUAUUAUAGAAAAGAAAAUAGUAAUUGUGAUGUUGAUCUCAGUUAUGAAUUAGAAAUUAUAAAUUUAUUAAAACUUUCAAGUUUUAAUUAUUUGCAAGAUUUUUAUAGUAAAUUUAAUAUUAGUUUUGAUACGUGGUUAACAGAAUCUGAUACUAUAAAAGAUGCUUUUAAAAUUGUUGAGAAGCUUAAAAAAGAAAAUAAAACACAAAUUACUAAAAAUGGUUUAACUAUUUUAAAAUAUUCAAAUUCUGAUACUUAUGCAACACUUGCUAAAAGUGAUGGAAGUUCCUUAUAUCUUACCAGAGAUGUUGCUUCUAUUAUAAAUAGAGAUCAAUUAUAUAGUGCUGAUAAAUAUAUUUAUAUUACUGAUCGUGCACAAAUAUCACAUUUUGAAUCUUUAAAAGUAGUUCUUGAAAAUUUAGAUAGAGAUGAUUUAUCAAAAAAAAUUUUACAUAUUCCUUAUGGUAGAGUUAAAGGACUUUCUACAAGACAUGGAAGGACAAAUUUUGUUGAUGAUAUUCUUGAGAAUGGUAUACUUUUAUCUAAAAAAUAUAUUGAAACAUCUCCAACAAGUAGAAUAAAUAGUGACAGUAAAUUAGAGGAAACUAGUGAAACAUUAGCUAUAUCAACCAUAAAAAUUAAUGAAUACCAAAGAAAAAAAACAACUGAAUAUGAAUUUUCAUUUAAUGAUGCAUUUAAAAUUAAAAGAAAAAAUGCUUUAAUGUUUCAAUCAAGAUAUAGUAGAUUAUGUUCAUUGAUAAAAAAUAACAAUGACCUUUUAUCUAUGAUAAAUAACUCAUCAUUUAAAUUUGAUUUAAAUAUACCUCAAGAAUAUAAAAAUGAUAUAGAAAAGUUAAUCUUUCAUAUAGAUAAAAUUGACAAAGUACUACUUAAUGCACAUAAUACAUUGGAACCAGUUAUUAUUAUUGUAUAUUUAUCAGAAUUAUGCUCAAUUCUUGGUCCAAUAAUUCAAAAUAUUCGUAUAUCUGAACAAGGAAAUGAUAUUGGUGCUUCACGUCUUUUAUUAUUUUUAUCAUCAAAACAUAUUAUUGAAUCAUUACUAAGGUUACUUGGUGUUACACCAAUUGAAGAAAUACAUGAAUGUUCAUUACUAAUUUAUGGUUAUAUAUUUUAUGUUCGUAAUAUUUUACUAAAUUAUGGUAUAUUUAUUUAUUCUCUAAAUUUUAUUUCAUUUUCAUAUUCAUUAAUUAAAUUUGAGGCAUUUGCUGAUAAUAGUGUUAAACUUCAUUUUACUCUUGGUUCAUAUUUAAAUGUUAUAUGGAAUGUUUUUGCUUGGUUUAUUGUUACAAGUAUUUGGGUACUUUUUUUACAUAGAAGAAAACUUCCAUUUUUUAUUGAAAAAGUUGUUAGUAGAAUAGAGAAAGUUUUUACUAGAAAUGAUUCAUCAGAUAAUCAAAGACUAUUAGAAAAUCCUGAAAUUAUAGAUGGAACAAAUGAUGAUGAAAAAAUUGAAAGAAUAUCAACAUUUGAGACUGCCUGGAGAUUAUUAAAAUAUUGUCAUAAAUUUAAAUUUUGGUUUUCUCUUGGAUUUAUCUUUUUAAUUAUUUAUUCAGUUGCUAGAAUAUUUAUACCAUAUUGUACUGGAACAUUAAUUGCUGGAAUUGUAAAUAAAAAAGGAACAGAAGCUGUUGUUAAAGCAAUUAUUUUAACGGGAAUCUUAUCUGUUAUAGCAUCAAUUUUUGGUGGUAUGCGUGGUGGGUGUUUUGAUUGGUCAACAGCUUUGAUACAAAAACAAGUUAGAGAUGAUCUUUUUAGAUCACUUGUUCAACAGGAAAUUGCUUUUUUUGAUGAGGCACAGACUGGUGAGGUUGCUUCAAGAUUAACUUCUGAUUGUGAAGUUAUGUCAUCAGUUAUAUCAACAAAUUUUAAUGUAUUUUUACGAAGUAUAGUUAUGAUGAUAGGAUCAUUUAUAUUUAUGUUUACAAUGUCAUGGAGAUUAUCACUAGUAACAUUUAUUUUAAUACCACUUGUUGGUUUUAUAACAAAUGUUUAUGGUUCAUAUUAUGAUAAAUUAGCUGAGGAAUGCCAAAAUACAAUAGCUGAAGGAAAUAAAAAAGCUGAAGAAGUGUUAAGUACAAUGAGAACUGUAAGAUCAUUUGCCUCUGAAACAACUGAAUGUAAUUCUUUUGAAGUACAUCUUUUUAAUACACUAACUAUUCUUAAAAAAAGAUCAUGGGCUUAUUUUGGGUAUACAGUUAUAACAGAAAUGUGUGAAAAUGUUAUAUUAAUUGGUAUUUUAACAUUUGGUGGAUAUUUAUGUUUAACUGAUAAUAUGACAACAGAUGAUUUAAUUAAAUUUUUACUUUAUCAAAUGCAAUUAGGUGAAAAUUUUUAUAAUCUUGGUUGGGUAUUUACAAAUUUAAUGCAAGCUGUUGGAUCAAGUAGAAAAGUAUUUGAUUAUAUUUUAAGAAAACCUAAAAUAAAUAAUGAUGGAAGUUUAAAACCAAUUGUUAAUGGUGAUAUUAAAAUAAAAAAUGUAUAUUUUAGUUAUCCAAGUAGACCUAAUCAAAUGAUUUUACAAGAUUUUUCACUUCAUAUUAAAUCUGGUGAAACAGUUGCAUUGGUUGGUUCAUCUGGUAAUGGAAAAACAACAAUUGUAUCAUUAUUACAAAGAUUUUACCUUCCACAAGAUGGUGAAAUUUUAUUAGAUGAUAUUAAUAUUAAUACAAUUUCACAUCAAUAUUAUCAUAGUAAAAUUGCUCUUGUAGCACAAGAACCAAUUUUAUAUUCAGGUACAAUAAGAGAAAAUAUUUUAUAUGGUUAUGAUAAUGGUACAGAGGAAGAGAUGAUUGAAGCUGCUAAAUUAGCUAAUUGUCAUGAUUUUAUAAUUGAAAUGAAUGAUGGAUAUAAUACAACAUGUGGUGAAAAAGGUAUAAAAAUGAGUGGUGGACAAAAACAAAGAAUUGCCAUUGCAAGAGCAUUAGUAAGAAAACCAGCUGUUUUAAUUCUUGAUGAAGCAACCUCAGCAUUAGAUGCUGAAAGUGAACAUAAAAUACAAGAAGCAUUAGAUAAAUGUUCUAAAAAUAUAACAAUAAUAAAGGUAGCUCAUAGAUUGAAUUCUGUUGAAAACGCUGAUAGAAUAUGUGUUGUUGAUAAGGGAGUAAUUAUACAGGAAGGUAACCAUCAAAAAUUGAUGGAAAAUAAAGAUGGUAUGUAUUAUAAUCUUGUACAAAAACAAUUAUUAUCACAAAGUACUAAAGAUUCAAAAAUGGAAGAAGAUAUAAAAUUACCAUCACAAACAGCCUCAAAAUCAUCAUCAAUCAGUUUUCGUUUUACCAAUUUUGUAAUGAAUAGGUAUAUUUCAAUAAAGAAAAUUGUUAUUCUUACAAUUUUAUUUUCAUUUGUUGAUAUUUCUGUUAAUGUUAUUGGUUUAUCAUGGCAUGGUACCAAUUUUAAUACUAAAAAUAUUCUAAAAAAUUUUACAGAACCAUUUAAUUUUUUAACAUCUAUUGUUGAUGUAGCAAUCUUAGGAGUAGUAAGAAUUGUCAUUUUAACUAUUGGUGUUAUUUUAUUAGCAUAUUUUAAUGAUAUACAAAAUCAAAUGGAUAAAUUAAGGCAUGCUUUAUUUUGUAUUGUUAUAUUACUUUGCUCAUAUUCUCCAACAAAAGUUCUUUUUUUAGCUGAAAAAAAUGAAAUAUUUUUUGUUGGUGAUUAUAUAUGUAUAGUAGGAAAUUUUGUUAAUUCAGUUGUCUGUUAUAUUAUUUGGAAAAAAUAUUUUUGUUGUAAUUUUAAUGCACCAGAAAUUGAUUAUGAUGACUAUGAUACUUUGUCAGAUAAUAGUUUUAUUGAAGAAGGUGAAGAUAAACAAACAUUACAAAUAGUUUACCGAUUAUUACAAUUUGUUAAAAGAGAAUGGAUCUGGCAUGUAUCUGGUUUCUUUUGGUUAUUUAUAUAUUCAUUAACAAGAAUAUUUGUACCAUAUUAUACUGGUAAUGUUAUUGCUGCACUUGUUCCAGGACAAGGUUAUACUGCAUUAAUUGAAGCUAUAAAGUUAAUGUCAGCAUUAGCUAUAGGAAGUUCUAUUGCUGCAGGAUUUCGUGGUGGGUCAUUUGAGUAUGGUGGUGCACGUGUUGCUAGAAUAAUAAGAAAUGAUUUAUUUACUUCAUUAGUACAUCAAGAAGUUGCAUUUUAUGAUGUUCAUAAAACAGGUGAAAUUAUUUCUAGACUUGCUGCUGAUACACAAACAAUGGCUGAUACUGUACCAUUAAAUCUUAAUGUUUUUCUUCGUAAUACAGUAAUGUGUAUUGGUUCAAUGCUUUUUAUGAUGGGUCUUUCAUGGAAAUUAUCUCUUAUAACAUUUAUUGUUGUUCCAAUAAUAUUUGUUGUAACAAAAAUAUUUGGUUCAUAUUAUGAUGAAUUAUCAGAAUUGACACAAGAUGCUAUUGCUAGUUCUAAUGAUACAGCAGAAGAGGUUAUAUCAACAAUGCGUACAGUACGAUCUUUUGCUUGUGAAGAAUUUGAAUCUCAAAGAUAUUUUGAUAAACUUACCGAUACACUUAAUGUUACAUGGAAAAAAGCUAUUUCUUAUCUUAUCUUUAUAUGGGCGUCAGAAAUUUUUCAAACAGUUAUUGUUGUUGCUGUAUUAUGGUAUGGUGGGCAUCUUGUAUUAACAAAUAGAUUAAAAGGUGAUCUUCUAGUAUCGUUCCUCCUUUAUCAAGUUCAACUUGCUGAUAAUCUUCGCCAAAUUGGAGAAGUUUUAGCUGCUUUAUUACAAAGUGUUGGAGCAUCUAGAAAAGUUUUCCAAUAUAUUGAAAGAAAACCAAAUAUUGAAAUGAAUGGUAAAUAUAAACCUGAAAAAAUUGAAGGAAGAAUUGAAUUUAAAAAUGUUCGUUUUAACUAUCCUUCCAGACCUGAUUUACCAAUACUUCAUGAUAUAUCAUUUGUUGUUGAACCAGGUGAGACUGUAGCACUUGUUGGACCAUCUGGUAGUGGAAAAUCAUCAUGUAUUGGAUUAAUAGAACGUUUCUAUGAACCACUUAAUGGUAAAAUUUUAAUUGAUAAUAUACCAAUAGAAGAGUAUGAACAUCAUUAUAUUCAUAGAAAAAUUGCAUUAGUUGGUCAGGAACCAGUACUUUUCCAUAAUUCUAUUAGUGAAAAUAUAUCAUAUGGUUUAGAUUAUUGUCCUGAAGCUGAUAUUAUUGAAUCAGCCAAAAAAGCUAAUGCUCAUAAUUUUAUUGUACAAACAAGAGAUCAUUAUAAAACUAAUGUUGGUGAACGUGGAGGUAAUAUGAGUGGUGGACAAAAACAAAGAAUUGCCAUUGCAAGAGCAUUAGUCAGAUCACCGACAAUUCUUUUACUUGAUGAAGCAACCUCAGCUUUAGAUACAGAAUCAGAAGCAUUAGUACAAGAAGCAUUGGCAAAAAAUAUGAAACAAAGAAGUGUCCUUCUUAUAGCUCAUCGUUUAUCAACUGUUGAGACAGCAGAUAAAAUUAUUGUUAUAGAUAAAGGACGUAUAGCAGAAAUAGGAAAUCAUCAAGAAUUAAUGGCUAAAGAAGAUGGUAUAUAUAGACAAUUAGUACAAAGACAAAUGAUUGGACAAUCACCUGAAUCAUCAGUUAAAAGAAAUAAAAAAGUUAGCCGAGCAGAAGAUAGUAAUAUUCAUAAUUAUUUAUUAAGAGAUAGUUCAAUUCCAGUAGGUUCUAGAGGCAUGGCUAAUAGUUUAUUAGCAACUAGCUUCUCUAAUUCAAGUGUUUAUUCAAAAUAA